UUCACCAUCACUUCUCAUUCUCCAAAUCACAAUACAACCCAAAUCAAACCAGUAUCUUUCUAAUCGCAGGCGGAGAGAGUAUAAUAUAAUCCACAAGCGCUAUCAUGGGUGCAAAAAAACAUCAUGUGGUCUGCAUCCCGUUUCCCGCCCAAGGCCACAUAAACCCGAUGCUCAAGCUCGCCAAGCUCCUCCAUGACGAAGGCGGCUUCCACGUCACCUUUGUGAACACCGAGUACAACCACCGCCGCCUCCUCAAGGCCCGCGGGGCCAGCGCCCUCGAUGGCCUCCCCACCUUCCGCUUCGAGACGAUCCCCGACGGCCUCCCGCCCUCGGAGACUGCGGACGCCACCCAGGACAUACCGUCCUUGUGCGAGUCCACCACCACCACGUGCCUGGCCCCCUUCAAGAAGCUCAUUGCGCGGCUCAAUGAGGCCGGGGACGUACCCCCUGUCUCGUGCAUUGUCUCAGACGGCGUCAUGAGCUUUACCCUCGACGCCGCGGCCGAGCUAGGCCUCCCCGAGGUUUUGUUUUGGACUACCAGCGCAUGUGGAUUUUACGCUUACACGCAGUUUGAAAAGAUUAAAAAAAUGGGCUAUGCUCCACUUAAAGACACGACCGACUUAACCAACGGAUAUCUAGACACGGUGGUGGCCGGAAUCCCCGCCAUGAAAGGCAUACGCUUGAGAGACAUCCCGAGCUUCAUCCGCACCACGAAUCCAGACGACUUCAUGCUCCGAUUCAUCUCUCAAGAGACAACACGCGCCAAACGCGCCUCCGCCAUCAUACUAAACACAUUCGAGGCACUCGAGCAGAACGUGCUCGACGCGCUCUCCUCAUUCCUCCCUCCCACCUACGCGGUCGGACCGCUCCACUUACUCGAAACCAGUUUAACCGACCGGUUGGACCAGCUUGGUUCAAACCUAUGGAAGGAAGAACCGGAUUGUCUUAACUGGCUUGAUUCUCAAGAACCUGGUUCGGUUGUCUAUGUAAAUUUCGGGAGCAUAACCGUGAUGACACCCGGUCAACUCACCGAGUUCGCAUGGGGACUGGCCAACAGCGGCCAGUCCUUUUUGUGGGUCAUCCGCCCUGACCUCGUCUCCGGGGAUAACGCGGUUUUGGCCCCGGAGUUUCUGAAGGAGACGAGGGGGUGGGGGCGGAUGGCGAGUUGGUGCCCCCAGGAGAGGGUGCUAAGGCACCCUGCUGUUGGGGGGUUUCUGACGCACAGUGGGUGGAAUUCGACUCUGGAGAGCUUGUCGAGUGGGGUCCCGAUGAUCUGCUGGCCGUUUUUCGCGGAGCAGCAGACGAAUUGCUGGUACUGCUGCAACCAAUGGGGGGUGGGAAUGGAGAUUGAUAGUGAUGUGAAGAGGGAUGAGGUGGAGAAGCAGGUGAGGAGUUUGAUGGUGGGGGAGGAAGGGGAGGAGAUGAGGAGGAGGGCGGCAGAGUGGAAGAAUCUUGCGGCGGCGGCGGCGGCGAAAGGGAAGUCGCGACGGAAUCUGCGUAGGGUUAUUGAUGAAGUGUUGUUGGGGAAAGUUUAAGGUUUUUGUUUAGGUUGAUCGAAUUUGAUGUUUUUGUGUUAGUGUUUUGCUUAUAUUUCAAUUAAAUGUUGUGAUUCAUAAUAUAAUUUUUAUUUUCGGACUAUAAACCUUUA